UGGGGGAAGGAAAUGACGUCAGGAGCAAAGCAUGCUGGUCGCAGGCGGGCCGACUCAAGACAGCCUGGUCGCGUGUGAGCUGAGUAGGGAUGUAGUGAGGCGUUUCUGCGGCGUCUCCCUGGGUUGUCGGGAGUAAGCAGCCGGCGUGCGUACGCUGCACAGUUGCGUGCAGCAGUUGCGCGAGUGGUGGCCACAGUGCAGGACCCGGCCUUCUAACUCGAGAGCCUCGCUGGCCCGCCCUCAGCGCUCUCCAUGGACAUCGGCGCAAACUCCUCCAGAGAGAAUCUGGCCAGCUGGUAACCAUGAGUGAAUGGAUGAAGAAAAGCCCCUUAGAAUGGGAAGAUUAUGUUUAUAAAGAAGUCAGAGUGAUAGCCAGUGAGAAGAAAGAGUACAAAGGAUGGCUUUUAACUACAGACCCAGUCUCUGCCAAUAUUGUCCUUGUGAACUUCCUUGAAAAUGGCAGAUUGUCUGUGACUGGAAUUAUGGGACAUUCUGUGCAGACUGUGGAAGCUGUGAGUGAAGUGGACCAUAGAGUAAGAGAGAAGCUGGUUCAUUUGUUCACAUCUGGAGAUUCUAAAGGAUACAGCCCUGAGGAUCUGGAAAAGAAAAAAAAUAGCCUAAAGAAAUGGCUUGAGAAGAACCACAUUCCUGUCACUGAACAGGGAGAUGCACAAAGGACUCUCUGUGUGGCUGGGGUUCUGACGAUAGAGCCCCCAUAUGCUCCAGAGAACUGCAGCAGUUCUAAUGAGAUCAUCCUGUCCCGUGUUCAGGAUCUUAUUCAAGGACAUAGUUCAGCUUUCCAGUGAGAGACCAAGCACUAUGAACCCGACCCAAAUGACAUCACUGUUUGGUUCUGUAUUAAAUACUUCGAAUGUAAGUUGAUUGUAUUAUAGGGCUUCAGAAGCGUGUGUGUGUGUGUGUGUGCAUAUUUUAAGUUUUUGUAAACUCAGAUGAGAUCAUGAGUGCUGAUUUCUUUGAGAAAUGAAGGGUACAUGAAUAACAUUCUAUGCACUGAAAUUAACACAAGAAAGUCAGACUUGUAAGGAGCUUUUUGUGAUGAGGGUAAAUCACCUUUUUUGUGAGGCAAGAAUGCGUUUUGAAUAGGUGUAACAAUGUGAAAUAAAUUUAUAAAUUUCAAUAUAAGAUAUUAAGGUAAAAAUCAGAGUCUCAGGUCCCUUGACUAACUAUAUCUCUGUUCUUAAAAUGUUGGUCUUUCACUUUCACAUGGACAUAUAUGCAACUGAAAUACCAGUACACAUAAAGACCAAAAAAAAAAAAAAGAAAAAGAUUAGGGGGCUGGAGCGAUGGCUCAGAGGUUAAGAGCACUGGUUGCUCUUUCAGAGGUCCUGAGUUCAAUUCGCAGCAACCACAUGGUAGCUCACAUCCAUCUAUUACGAGAUCUGGUGCCCUCUUCUGGCAGGCAUACAUGCAGACAGAAUACUAUAUACAUAAUAAAUAAAUCUUAAAAAAAAAAAAGGAUUAAAAAAAAAUGUUGCUUUUUGCUGGGUUGUGGUGGUGCACUCCUUUAAUCCCAGUACUUGGGAGGCAGAGGCAGGCAGAUCUCUGUGUUCCAGGCCAGCUUGGUCUGCAAAGUUAGUCUAGGAUAGCCAAGGCUACACAGAGAAACUCUGAGUCAAAAAACAAGCAAACAAAAAGAGAAGAGACUUGGGGCUAGAGAAAUCGCUCAGCGGUUAAGAGCACUAGCUGUUUUUCCAAAGGACCCAGGCUCAAUUCCCAGCACCCACGUGACAGCUCACAACUGUCUAACUCCAGUUCCAAGGGAUCUGACAUCCUCACACAGAUACGCAUGUAGGCAAAACACCAAUGCACAUAAAAUAAAAAGUCAUUUUUUCAAAAGUGAGAGAUGAGACAUAAUGGCAGUCAUCAAAGGUGUGCCCUAUAGAAGUGUCUGACGGUUUUAUUGCUGUGGACAUCAGGACCACAGCAACUCUGGGUUUUUGUUUUUGUUUCCUGAGACAGGGUUUCUCUGUGAAGCCUUGGCUAUCUUGGACUCACUUGGUAGACCAGGCUGGCCUGGAAUUCACAGCAAUCUGUCUGCCUGUGUCUCCCUGAGUGCUGGGAAUUACAGGCAUGCACCACUGCGCCCGGCUCCAUGGAAACUAUUAUAAAGGAUAAAUUUUAAUUGGGCUGGCUUACAGUUUCAGCGGUUUAGUCCAUUAUCGUCAUGGGGUGAAGCAUGGCACCAUGCAGGCAGACCUGGUGCUGGAGAAGAUGCUGAGAGUUCUACAGCUUGAUUCACAGGCAGCAGCAGGAGACUGUGUGCCACACUGGGCAGAGCUUGAGCAUAGGAGACCUCAAAUCGUGACCACAAGGUAACACACUUCCUCCAACAAGGCCACACCCACUAAUAGCGCUACACCCUAUGGACCUAGUAGUACUCAAACACUUGAGACUAUGGGACCAUUCCUAUUUAAAACACCAUAGGCAGGAUCGUGGGACUUGGUCUUAAACUCCUGUUUGAUGAUGUAAGCUCUUCUUUCACUGUGCUGUGGUGCUUCCGGGAAAGGAAAAACCUGGAUGUGAACGUGCUCCAGCCCUGACCAAAUAGAACUGAUGCCAUAUUACUGUACUUUACUGCCAACAUUGAGUUCAGUUUCUCUUCUUAAAAAGCCUAUUCUAACUAGUUAAUUUUAGUGACCCAAAGCUGACUAAUAAUAGAUUAUUUAUGGUUGAAAGUUUGGCUGCUGGUUAACAAAUUUUUUUUUUUUGUUCUUUUUGUUUGUUUUUGAGACAGGGUCUCACUAUGUAGCCCUGGCUAUCCUGGAACUCAUUCUGUAGAUCAGGCUGUUCUCAAACUCAAGAGAUCCAUCUGCCUCUGCCUCCCAAGUGCUGUGAUUAAAGAUAUGUGCCACCGUA